UGUAUGAUAGUGAUGAUGAGGAUGAUGAUGGCGCCCCGCCCGGAUCACAGUCACAGACUUACUGGCGCCAUCUCACGAUUUCCAGCCAAAAUGAUCAUCACGUGUGUGGCAGUCAUUUACACCCUCCUGAGCUCAGCUUGCUCAUCAACCAUUAAAGCUAAAGAUGAACACCACACAGCUUUCUUUGGAGAGGAUGUUCAUAUUCCCGUGACGGCUUUAGACACAUCAGAGGUGGUGUUCAAGCCGAGGGUGGAGCCGUUGUUGGAGCGGGUUCUCCUGCGGAACGGGACAAUUCUGGAUAACAGAGCCAAACUGAACAUUCACAUCAGCCAUUUGAUCCUGGAGGAUGUGGGCGAGGAGGAUGAGGGCACGUACGUGGUGAAGAAUUCUGCGGCCCCAGCUGAUGUCAGACGAAUCAUUCUCGUUGUUAGAGACUGUGCACUUGAGACUGUGGUGAAAUAUGGAGACACGUAUCAUAUCCCGAUCAACCCUGCGAUCGGUCCGUACACUCUGGAGUUCAGGCCUGGAGCUCUGACUCCAGUUAACCAGACCACUGAGGAACUACCUGUGAUUCUCCUCAACCAGACCAGCUUCCCCACGGAAAUGUACGAGAACCGCCUCACUGUGGGCGAGAAGAGGGUCAACCUCCAUCUGGUUACAGGGGCCGAUGAGGGCAGCUACACCAUCGUGGACAGGGAUGAAAAAGUCCGACUGAGGGCCUGUCUCAACGUGAAAGAUCAUCAGAUCUUUGACCACUUGAACUAUGGUGAAACCUUGAAGAUCAAGCUUCACGUGGACCACACCAAAGUCAAAAUGGUCUACAUCCCGGACUCUGACCACAAACAACGACUCAUCAUGGACCAGGGAGAGCUGAUGGUGUCUGUUGAGUCUAUUUUUGAUGGUCGAGCGUCUGUGGAAGGAUCCGUGUUCUACUUGAAGAAGGUCAAAGCCAGUGACAUGGGUGUCUUUCGAGUGAUGGACUCCUCAGGCUUCCGUAUAGCUGACGUCUACCUUAACGUGGAGCCCUAUAAGCUGCCACCACUCUAUGUGGCGAUCAUCUCGUUGGUGUCUCUGCUGGCGUUCCUGCUGUUGGUGUGUCUGCUGUCCUGUCUGAUCAAUGUUCACCGCCGGGCAGAAAGAGCACGUAAGCUCUCCCUAAUCGCUCAGCAGGCGGGCAAGGGGGACGGUGAUGCUUUCAGACAGGUGGUUCAUGAAGUUUAUACUAGAUUCACAGAGGAGUCCACUGCGCAGUCCACAUGGGAGAACGCCACUGAGAGCACAGAAGUUGAGAUCAAAGGUCUUGAGGUAUCAAAACCAGGUCAGUACCACGCCCUCCAAUCUGACAAGAACUUCUUGGAUAUGAACGACUCAGGCGUGGAGUUCACCUCGUCUGCGCUUCCUCUGGACAGUGACACAGACGUCCCCGACAAUCUCACCUCUCACAAGCUCUUGCUUGAGCCUGACACUCUCGCUGGCGUCCCCCCGACCAUUUCUGAGGGCGACCAUAGUGCCACUCGCACCCCUGAUUCCAUUCUGAGCGCCAGCCCUGUUGUCCCGCCCAAAUCUGGGGCUCAGAUAGAUGGCGACUUGAUCGGCACAACCACGCCUGAGGAAAUGGCGAAUGAGUUGGGUGCAAAGACGAGCAAAGAUGCUUCGCCACAUUCUGAGAAAGCCACUACAUUGGAUCCAACUAAUGGAACCACAACCUGAGCAGUGUAAAUGAAGUUACACCAACCAACAUCUAUUACACAAGUGCAACCAAUUUUCGUUCACAACAUCUCAACAUCUUACACCUUGCUUGGACUCAUCUGAUUCUUAACAAAUGGUUUGUCGAAGAAGCAAAAAUAGAAGAAUAAAUCAAGAGAAGACAGCACUUGCAAAAAAAAACAAAA